AUGCCAGACAAAGUCACUCUACACACCUACUUCCGCAGCUCCUGCUCCGCCCGCAUCCGAAUAGCCCUGCACCUAAAAGGAAUCCCCUACGACGCAGUCUACGUGAACCUCCUGAAGAACGAACAAUCAACGCCAGCCCACGUGGCAAUCAACCCCUCCGGCACAGUCCCAGCCCUAGUAAUCGAACAAGACACCAAGAAAACAACAACAAUAACCCAAUCCCUAGCUGCCCUGGAAUACCUAGAUGAGGCCUUCCCAGAAAAAGGACCCGCACUUCUCCCCUCAGACCCGGAAACCCGCGCUACAGUACGCACCUUGGCGAAUAUUAUUGCGUGCGACGUUCAGCCUGUGACGAAUUUGCGGAUUCUUAAGCGCGUUGCACCGCUUGGGGCUGAUCGUGCUGGGUGGUCGCGGGAUUUGAUUGUUGAUGGGUUGAGGGCUUAUGAGGCUGUUGUUGCGGGUUCGGCUGGGAGAUUUAGUGUUGGGGAUCAGAUUACCAUCGCUGAUUUGUGUUUGAUUCCUGCUGCUUGGGGAGCUGAAAGAGUUGGAGUUGACUUGGGGGAGUUCCCCGUUACGAGUCGCAUUGUGGGGAAUUUGGAGGAGGUUCAGGCUGUUAAACUGGGACAUUGGAGGGCGCAGGAAGACACGCCUGAGGAGUUCCGAGUGAAGGAAUAG